CAUUGAAAUUGUGUCGGUAUCGCCUUCAUCGUCUCCCACUGCUCCCUCCUCUCGAUCUCCCGUUGAGUCGGCGGAGAUGGUGGCGGAGCUGAUAUCCCUGGCGCCGGUGGCUGAGACCUACCAGGAGGAGAGCGAGACGAAGACGGAGCUCGUCACCCUCGACUUGCUGGGUGGCCGCGGUGACCCCGACCGCGCCGCGCUGGAUCUCGAGCUCCAGGUCACUGCCGGCUGGGCGAGGCGCCUCGUUCCGCUGUCAGCGAAGCUGUAUCUCUCACCCCCUUCGCCGCCCUCCCUCGGAUUCCUCGGCCUAAAGCAACCUCCGGCGGCGAAUACGGCCGCCGCCUCCGCUGUUCCCGGCUCAUACCGCAGCAUCUGUACUCUGGAGAAGGUCAAGUCGGCGCUCGCGAGGGAAUCUCUCGCUAACAAGCGUUCCCCGCCUUCCCCCUCCUCUUCCUCCUCUUCCUACGCCUCCGCCUCCGCCUCCGCCUCCGCGACUACCAUCACCGCCUCCUCCUCCUCGGCCAAGCGGCCCAAGGAAGCUGACAAAGAAGACGGCCAUCCCCGGGCGAUGGCGGUGGCCGCGUGUCCGGAGUGCCUCCUCUACGUGCUCAUCUGCAAAUCCGACCCCUGGUGCCCCAGGUGCGCGGCCCACGUGCCGGUCCACGGCCUCAAGAAGAAAUCACGGCUAGACCUCAACUUCUCCUUCCAAACCUGCAACCAGUCAAACUGAGAGGAUCAAGACCACGAUUACGAUCCAUGGCCCGUCGACAAAAACCUUGCUUUCGCUCGAUUAUGAACUACGUAUCUACUGCAUGUUCUGGCGAUACGAUCUGGAAGUAAUUAAUCUGGCUUUCCACUGGCGUCUUCUUCUCCCUCUCUACUCCGUUCCAUGAUCUUCGUUCGCUAUGGGUGUUGGUACGAGUGUAUUCAUUUUUUAUCAUCAUAAUCGUCGUUCGCUA